ACAGAACAUAUAGGUUACCUUUGCUUGCUAACCUGUAUUUUAUUUUUUGCUGAUCCUCCCUUUCAGCUGGCUAUGACUCACCCCAGUCACCACCUCAACUUUGGCAUGAACCCUGAUCACGCCCGCAACUCGCUGUCCAACUGCGGCAUCCGCCAGCCUAAAUAUGGAGACAGGAAGGUCCACCACAUGUACAUGAGGAAAAAAGGAAUCAACACAUUGAUUAACAUCAUGUCUCGUCUGGGGCAGGAUGACCCCUCCCCCUCCAGGAUCAAUCACAACGAGAGACUGGAGUUCCUGGGCGAUGCUGUUGUCGAGUUCCUCACCAGCGUUCACCUGUACUACCUGUUUCCCAGCCUGGAGGAGGGCGGCCUGGCCACAUACAGAACAGCCAUCGUGCAGAACCAGCACCUGGCCAUGCUAGCGAAGAAACUGGAGUUGGACCGCUUCAUGCUCUACGCUCAUGGACCGGAUCUGUGUCGGGAAUCGGACUUGCGACACGCCAUGGCCAACUGCUUCGAGGCUCUUAUCGGUGCUGUGUAUUUGGAAGGAGGCUUAGAAGAGGCCAGACUGCUCUUUGGUAGACUGCUUUUCAACAGCGAGGUAACGGACAAAAUUUAAGAUAAGAUAAUCCUUUAUUGAUCC